UCGUGACUGCUUCGAAAUAUCAACAAUGUUAGCUCGCUGCCGUCAACAUUUUCAUUUUCUAUCAGUGCAGUAAUCCGGUAAAUCCUGUCGCUUGUUAAAUACGAAAUGGAAUAUCUCCUACAGGUGAAAAUUGGAGCUCUUUUCGGGUUGUUGCUGUUAACUCUUCUUUUUGGGUUUAUUCCUGCGCGAGUAAAAUGGUUCAGACAAACAAACGGCACCGAAACGCACAGCACAUUUCUAAGUCUGAUCAGCUGUUUUGCUGGAGGGGUUUUCCUGGCUGCGUGUCUGCUCGACAUCAUUCCAGAUUAUCUCUUGGACAUUAACAGUGAGAUGGAAGCUCGGAGUGUGGAGAGCAACUUCCCUCUUCCAGAGUUCAUCAUGGCUAUCGGCUUCUUCACUGUCCUCAUUCUGGAGAAGAUUGUCCUGAGCUGUCGUCAGGUGACAGGGACUCAAGGAGAGCGAGCACCGCUUCUUCAGUCCAACAGUCACCAGCAUGGCCACGGGACAACCGCGAGCCCUGAUCUGGAGGGCAGCAGCCACCACGUCCACGUGGACUUUCAGGCCCACUCUUCUUUCCGUUCCUUCAUGCUGUUUCUGUCUUUAUCUCUUCACUCAGUGUUUGAGGGUCUCGCUAUCGGCCUACAGGACACUGACUCAAAGGUAUUAGAGAUUUGCAUUGCUAUACUUGUCCACAAGAGCAUCAUUGUGUUCAGCCUUUCUAUCAAACUGGUCCAGAGCGCCGCUCCACCCUUAUGGGUGGCUGCUUAUAUCGGAAUGUUCGCCACGAUGUCACCUUUAGGCAUCGCCAUCGGCAUCGGCUUGAUGGAAGCCCGGCUAGCCACUGGAGCUCUAAUUCAGGCCAUCCUGGAGGGGCUCGCCGCUGGCACGUUUGUCUACAUCACCUUCCUGGAAAUCCUUCCGCAUGAGCUAAACUCCCCCGAGAGGCAGCUUCUCAAGGUCAUCUUCAUCCUGCUGGGGUUCAGCGUUCUGGCCGCCCUUAACUUUCUGGGCUGAGACACAGACGAUGCUUGACGUCUGUACACAGUAACUAACUGUUUCUGUUAGAAGAGCUGCACUGAUACAUCCAUAUUUAUGUGGUGUUUUUCAUCUGAAACACAGACUUAUGGCAGAACAUUUCUUUUAAUUUUUUUUUUAACUUCCUCAAAAAGGGGUCAGAUACAAUUGUAUAUAUUGUUUCUUUUAGAGAGUUUUUUUUUUUUUUUUUUUUGCAAAAGAAAAAAAGAGCCAAUUAAAGAUGUGUGGAAGUCCUGACAAAAGGAGAGAAGGAAUGAAGCACAUCACUGAAAUUCACCUUUAUCUGGCCUUGUUUUCAAGAUGUUUGUGCUUCUUAAAACAAGGUGUUUUUUGUGUUUAAUUCUACUGAGGGCACCACUGGGAACACAGAAGCAGGGUUGCACAUAUGUACAGGGUAAUGGUAAUUAAUUUAAUCAUGUUGAUUGUUCAGUAUUUCCAGAUCUUAAGUGUUUGCUUUUUAUUUGUAAAAAAAAAAAAAAGAAAAAAUUAAAGGUGAUGUUUUUAAUUACAGUAAUUACAACAAUCGAAGCACCAUGUGUUUCGAUUGUUGUCGUAAUUAAUGUGGUGUUUCCUUCACUGAAGACUUUUUGGUACUGAGGUUAUGACUGACUCAGAUUCACUGUAUUUGUGAAUAUGAAUACUUUGUUCUUAACGUUGUGCUGUAUUUUAUGUUUAACUACAAACUGUUCAAUUGGAAACUGACUUUGUGAUGCCAAAUCAGAUAUGAUGGUAUUGUCUUUUGCACUGCACCUGGUUUAUACCAUGUUUGAGCAAAGUUAAGAGUUAACAGGCUUUUAACGACUGACUGUUGAAGCAAGAUAAUCACUUUAGAGUUUGUUAACCUUUGCCCACUUUAAGUGCUGCUGUUUGCUCUUUGCAAAUACAAGCGAUGUGCCUUUUUAAGAAAA